CCUUGGAACACCGAACGACGUUUAUCUCGAGGGGGCCGAUUUCACCCUCCACCACCAACCUGCAGGCAUCAGGCCGGUCUGAGAGGCCGCUUUAGCUAACCCGAAAUUCUGAUUUUCGCGCACGGAAACAGACAGCAGGUCUGAUUGAGACGAGAGUUAUGCGAUUUCUCUGCUUGCACGGCAUUGGUACGAGCAGCCGACUCUUCAAAAUGCAAACAGCGGCGCUCAGGUACCAACUUGGAGAUGAACACACCUUCGAGUUUGUUCAAGGAACUGUCCCGUGGCCUAUGGCUCCAGAAUUAUCGGCUAUCUCGAGCACCGACGACGCGCACUACGCGUAUUUUGAUCCCGAACAUGCGCCCAGUUAUCUGACGGCUUUUGGCAUGCUGGACGCAUUCCUGGCAGCGGAAGGCCCGUUCGACGGUGUAUUCGCGUUCUCUCAAGGAGCCGGACUGGCCAUCAUGUACAUGGCCAACAAGAAAGUGAAGAAGGCAGAUGCCGAGCCGCCUUUUCGAUGCGCCGUUUUGUUCUCGCCCACUGCAGUCGGGGACCCGUUUAGGUGGUUCGAAACGGGCGAAAUGCGUCGCCUAGAGGAGCUUCCACGCGGCACCCUGAUCGAUACCCCAACAGCGAUGGUCUGGGGAAGUAGAGACGAUUAUGCUACCCAAAUUCCGUCACUGUGUGAUAUUUUUGUGGAGAAGACUUUUUGGCAGUAUAUUUUUGAUGGGGGUCAUGAGCUACCAUCCCCGAGUGUUGAAGGGUCGAUUGUUGGCACUGUAAAAAUAGCUAGAAGGGCCGUGACUCAGGCAACUCAUAGGAUCAUAGCUUAA